GACCCUCUUUCGUUUCCAACACAACAAAGUUUCUAUAAUCAUAUCUCAAACCCUAAUCGCCCCUCUUCUCUCUCUGUCUCCGCUCUCGCACGAAACCCUAACCCUAGGUCACGACCAUGGCCGCGAAGCUCAAGGAAUACGAUGGCGCUAGCCCAGCGAAGAUUUUCAUCGGGGGCCUUGCGAAGGAGACCACCAUGGAGACAUUUGAGGAACAUUUUGGAAAGUAUGGGAAGAUCAUAGAUGCUGUGAUAAUGAAAGAUCGAUACACUGGAAAACCGAGAGGUUUCGGUUUUAUCACCUAUGAUGAUCCUUCAGUUGUUGACAAAGUCAUUGAAGACACCCACGUCAUCAAUGGGAAACAAGUUGAAAUUAAAAGGACUAUACCGAAAGGUGCUGCUCCGCUAAAAGAUUUCAAGACAAAGAAGGUAUUUGUUGGUGGGAUUCCGACUACUCUGACAGAAGAUGAAUUCAAGAAUUUCUUCUCCAAGUUUGGAAAGGUGGUGGAUCAUGAGAUUAUACGUGACCAUGCAACCAGCCGCUCUCGGGGCUUUGGUUUUAUUGUCUUUGACUCCGAAAAAACUGUAGAUGAGUUGUUAGCCAAAAAGGGAAAUAUGAUUGAUCUAGCUGGUACACAGGUGGAGAUCAAGAAGGCCGAACCAAAGAAACCCUCUAACCCACCUCCUCAUGCUUAUGAUAGUGAACCUAGGGGUGGCCGCCCUUUUGGCGAGAGUUUUGAUGGUUUCGGCGGCUCCUAUAGUGGUUAUGGAAGUGGCGGCUUCGGGCCGUCAUCUUAUAGGUCACCAGGAGGUUUGGGUCCUAGGCCUGGCAGUUUUGGUGGUUAUGGAGGACUUGCUAGUGAAUACGGCAGCAGUUAUGGUGGUUAUGGUGGUGGCUUAGGUGGUUAUCGUGGGGAAUCCUCACUUGGUUAUUCUAGCCGCCUGGGUUCGUAUGGUGGAGGGUUUGGUGGGGGGUAUGGUGGCAGCUUAGGUGCAGGCUUAGGUGGAUACGGGCGCGAGGCAGGGGGUUAUGGUGGUGGUUCUAGCUAUGGAGGUAGUUAUGAUUCUGCUUCAGGUGGCAGCGGUUAUGGCUCAGGUGGUGCACUGUACGGUGGUGCUAGGGGAGGAGGCUAUGGUGGUGGUAGUGGCGCUGGUCGCUACCACCCAUACUCAAGAUAGGAAAACUACCUUCCGACUCCUACCAACUUCUAGAUAGAAGAAAAUCAGGUGCUUAGAUUGGAUUCAAGGUUACUGGCACUGGGCGAAUAGAUGUAUCUCUAUGCAGGUUAGACUUGUGCCUUUUCAGGAAGCGUGAGCUAAGGCUGGUUCGUUUUCUUUAGUUUGCUGUAUUUGUAAACUCUCAAUUGACUUUGGUAGUUAUGUAGAACAUUUUAAGUGAUGCUAUUUGUAGUUUUAUUUCCAGGAUUUAAACAACCAACAAAAUUAAGCUUGAUUUGUAGACACUUUUAGUUUGUGCUUCGGUUUGUUGACAUAAUAGUAUUGCUUUCCUAGAAAGCUUCUAUUUUUCUUUUCCA